GCGCCUCCUGUCUGUGUGACUCCUGUGCGCAGCUGCAGGAAGAGACUGAAUGCGGAAGCGGUGUCUGAGCAGUAACGUGGAUCUCUUUUAAAGUUAUUACAGCUUCAUCAGCGGUUUGAUGCCAUGAAGAUAAAUGAGAACACGUUACUGGAGGGACACGGAGUCGUGCUGGUUCCUUACAACGUAAACCACGUGCCCAGGUAUCAUGAGUGGAUGAAGUCUCCGGAGCUGCAGCAGCUAACCGCUUCAGAGCCGUUGACCCUGGAUCAGGAAUACGACAUGCAGAAGAGCUGGAGGGAAGAUGAUGACAAGUGCACGUUCAUAAUCCUGGACAAGCAGCGGUGGGCAGACCCCAGUGUGGAGGAGGAGCAGUGCAUGGUGGGAGAUGUCAACAUCUUCCUGACUGAUCCAACAGACCCUUCGCUGGCUGAGCUGGAGAUCAUGAUAGCAGAGCCCAGUUACAGAGGCAAAGGCAUUGGAAAGGAGGUGACACGUAUGAUGAUGUGCUAUGGAGUCACCAAACUCGGGGUCAGAAAGUUCCAAGCAAAGAUCGGGCUGGAGAACCAGGUCAGCAUCACCAUGUUCAAGAAGCUCCACUUCCAAGAGGUGUCACAGUGUCCAGUGUUCAAAGAGGUGACACUCGAGCUGACGGUAGAUGAGUCCGUUCGGACGAAGCUGCUGGAUGAUGCAGCUCAUAUGAAGGAACGAGAUUACAGACAGACCUGCAGCAGCAGACAUGAACUGCUCUCACAGUGACGUUCUGUACUGAGCUUCUCACUCACCUUCUAAAGACUUCAGCUUGUGAAGCAGGAUGAUGUGAGAGGAUGACAUGUGAAUCUGAAAACUUGCAACAGAAUCCUUUAUUCAAGUCACAAGAAAUGUUAUUUUCUGUCACCUAGUGGCAAAAAAUUCUGAUUAUAAGACAAACAGAGGCAGACAAGGACAAAGCCAUACCUCAUUAUACAAUUUUAAAUAAGGAAAUCCAGAUUCACACCAGAGUUGAAUGGGUUCUUCCUCUUUGGAUACGCUUCACCAGGUUUGUGGAAUUCGUCUUGGUGGUUUUGGCGUGAUCUUGCUGGCCGUUGGACUUUGCGGAGGAAAAAACCUGCAAAUUAUAACUUGAACACUGUUGAAAAACAAAUGCAUAGGUGUGAAUAUGACAUCACACUUUCAUCUUCACGUAUCAAAUCGUGUACUGUAGUCGAGACAUUAAUUUAACCGUUGUCAUCUCCGAUGCCAGGAGUAAAAUGAAGUGAAAGAUGCUGUGGCUGAUGUUUCUAGUGGAGCUGGUUAACUUUAUAUUGAUUGUGUACCACCUUAGCAAACUAGAAAUCACUUGCCAACGCAAAGAUUCGUGCUUCUCUAUCUAUAAACCAAGUUAAUAUCUCUAGUGUCCUUUGUUUGGAGAAGAUUUGCACUGGUUCAGUAUCUCUAUUGACCAGUUCUGACUUUUUGAAACUAAACUUCAAAUUGGACCAAACUGAUGGUUUUAGUCACCAGCUUUCAGGAACAUUAGGCGCUAAUUCUUUUUAAUUAUUCACUCUGUCCCCAAAAUGAAAUUGAGAGCUUUUUUCCACUUACUGAUGCACAGCCAUUAAAAACCACAGCCUAAUGUGUUAUUUACACAUCUCUUGUACAUUAAAGUCUCAUAUUCCUCUUAAUGUCACAUAUUUUUCUUAAUUUUGUUGCUGAAACUGGUUGGUGUCAAACAUUAAAUGCCAGCUGCGGGAGCUUUAUUGCCAUGUUUAUUUUCACACUUCAUACUCACUGUCCUCCUAUUCAGUCAACAACAGACAUUUAUGAGGUCUUAAGAUCAAGAAAAAACAAUUAAAAUUUUUCUCUUUUUCUCCUCAUCAACUUCAGUUAAGUCGUAUCAUUAUUAUGUGAUAUUAGCACAAGUGUGCUAUAAGCUAAUGCUAGUCUACACCUUAAGAGAGUCCUGCAGUUAGGUCCAUACGUUUUUGGACAUGUCAUAUUUGUGAUUUUUGUCCCUGUACACAACCACAGUGGAUUUCAUAUCAAAGAGCAGAGAUGUGAUUGAAAUGCACGCUUUCAUCUGCAGCCACCUUCAGUUUCUGCUUCUUUGUGGGUCUUUCGGCCUUCAGUUUUGUCUCCAGUAACUGAAAAGCAUGCUCCACUGGGUUAAGAUCAUGUGACUGACUGGGCUAUUGAAGAAUACAAUCCAGAUGUUGAUUGUUAUUGUUAUUGUAUCUUUAUUUCAGACAUAUACAGAAAAAACGAUAUAUACAAGUACACAUACUUGCAUUUACAUGUACAAAUACAAAUAUAUAUGUAAAUACACACACGUAUGUGUUGAUAAUGUUGUGCUUUGCACCUUCUUGUAAACUGUCAGGAUUUCCUUUUUUUUAAGGACAUCUGUUGAUUGCUGACCUUCCUCUGUGAGAGUGCUCUUUCACAGAUAUUGUGAAAGGGUUUUUUUCCAUCAAGUUUAAGACUCGAAAUCAACUCCAGAUGAACUCCAGAUUUAUCUGCCUAAUUUGUCAUGAAGUAAUGAUGGAACAGCCCUCAUGAAGCUGUAAAAUAGAUUACUUCUGAGCCCUUAAAAUAGGAAAAAGAUGUAUAAAAAUUCCAAAACCGCUGAUACAAUGUACUUUUUUUCAAAAUUACCCUCCAAAAAAGUAAUUGUCCAAAAACACAACUGAAAAUCAGAUUGAAGUGUGGCUGCUUGAAUGAUUGUUACAUUUCUUUCAGUCUUGUUUUGUUAGACUGAGAGGUAUUUGCUUUUUUUGAAGAAUUGCUACAUCAACUUCAGUUGUGACACCAAACCUUUAAUUGAAUUUCCUUCCAUCCCUAUUUUGAAAAAUCAGAUUUAGGAAACAUGAACCGCCACUAAAGGCACUUCCCACUCAUUUUCUUUUUUUUAAAUUUAUUUGUUGUGGUUUCCCAGACUUCACUCACGCAGAAUGGACGUAUUAGACGAAAAGCUAAUGGAUGGCAGCGGCAGCUAAAACGGAACGCCUUGUUGGUCAUAUUAGGUGGUUUAUAGUCUCAGGUUUCAAUUGUCAAAGGAGCGCAUUCUGAGUAAUGUUUGUGGUAUUGUUUGCAAUUUCAAGCCUGUGAUUAUGUUUUGGAGAAUGGCUCUAACAGCACAGACUCCUCUGAGGUGUCUCAGUGCAGCUGCAAAAGAGGAUCAAGAUGUUUUUUUAAACACUAACAAUGAUCAUCAAUGUGUAACUUGAAUAUGAGCAUUAUAGUUCUUUUUUGACCUUCUAAGCAGCAGGGAAUUUCACCACCAAGCCCAUCCUGGUGCUUGCAAAGUCCACCUGUUUGUCACAUUGAUGUAAUAAAGCUCCAGAGAAGCUACAUUCUGGCUCAUUACACACUCAUUCUCUAUUACUUUCUCCAUUACCUGAGUACUUUAACGUUUCGCAACAUUUUACAACAACAUUAAACAUUUCACCAAACUACAAAACCCAGGAAGCUAUGCUCUAACCAGUCUUUGGUUUAAACCAGCUGUCAACUUCAAACUGAUGCACGAUUGAGGAACCUGCAUCCAGUGUGGACGCAGCUUCAAGUUCACUUUCUGUUUAAUUUGUGAAUGCUAGCAUGCUAAAUUUUAAUAUUAAAUGUGUAUUAAACUAUCCAACUUGUUGGGUUUAUAACUCUAAAAAAAUGUGUCAGUGUUUACAUAAAUGACCAGGAUGCUGACCAGUUCUUCUAUUCCAUAUUGCACCACCUUCAACACUAUUUUGAAUGCUAUGCUAAAGCUGAAAUAUGUCGAAUUAGCCGAGGAGAGAUGGAACUUAAAAAAAAAAAUGCAUAAUACAAGUCCUGCUUUUAUUUAUUGCCCAAAGUAUGUCUGCAGCUAAUAUCAUGAAAUGGCUAGUGCAGAGACUGAACACUAUUUUUGGGGAAAAUACUUUGACAUUUGCAAAGACAAAACUAGACCCGAACCUAUUGACAUUUUCUUGUCACCAAGUUGUUAUUCUGUCACAAAUAAUAUAAGAGCCAAAUAUGUUUUGCAGUGCAUUUAAUUAUGCCGACAGCAAAAUUACACAAAAAACAGAUUAAAAAAAAAAAAGGCUUUUUAUUUACACUGCUAAUUCAAUAUCCACAUUGAACUAGCAGUCUUGGGGGUUAGAUUUACAUGCCACGCUCUAAAAAACAGCACACCACUCUUUCAAUAAAGUGAUGCCAAAUUCACAACUAAAGAGGUUUUAAACAGAAUAUCUGAAUGAUUUUUAUUUUUCCUUCACUGCUGCAUCUGAAUUAAACAUUCAUUUAUUGCGACAGUAGCAAAGCUUUUAUUGGUAGUCCAGUUUAAAUACAAAUUUACAGUUUGCACAUUGUUACUCAAAAAUUAAGAGUCUGUGAAAACUACUGACAGUUUGGAAGAAGGAAAAAAAUAUGAAAUGAUAUAAUUUGCGCAGGAUUUAUGAAAAAAAAAGUGUUAUCAAGUUUAAAAUGAUCUGUUAUAUUAGAAUCAUCGGCAUUAGACCUUGGCUGAGCUUUAAUUUAUAUCAGAACUGAAAUUAUUUAGUAUUUCUAAAUUCAUUUGCACAUUGAGCUUUCACGGUAAACGUUUGUUUUUCCGAUUUGCUGGUUUUGUUUAUUAUAAAUUCACAUAAAGGAAACAGACUUUUAUAAUGAAAUGGAAGACAUCGAAUUCAAUCUUGGAAGAUGGUUGUUGGGCCACUGGAUGGCUUUGGAAAAUGCGAAGGAGGGCAUAAUUUCCUAUUGAUAAAUAUCUCCACCUAUGCCAUUCAUACACCAUCAAAAUAAUUAAGUUUUCUUUAAUUUUACACAUUUAUUUAUUUGUGCUGACAGAUUUCUUGCACGUACAGCAGCAUUUAUUUAUUGUGCAGAAAAACCGAGAUGUGCUGUUGAAAUUGCACUCUUCUUUUAUUAAAUUAGAUUUGUGGUUAAACAUCGUUACACCGUUAGAAAGGGGAUUUUUGCUCGUUAAAGAUCUGCAAGCAUGAAACAGGAUGUACUAAACGAGAUAUUUUGCUCUCUGUUGGAUAAUACCGACACUUUUUCUUAACUACCUCUGACAUCUUUGGUAUUUGUGUGACUGAAAAUGUUUUUACCGGCUGAGGAUAUAAGCUGUGACAAGAUAAAAUCCACUUCUAUCAUUUGGACUCCAAAGUGCAAAACUAAGGAGGGUUGACUAUAUGGCUGGAAAGGCUUUGUAUUGACACAGCUUUUACUGCACAUGCUCAGACUGCCUAAUCUAACACUGGCAAAUGGACAACUGACUGGCAGCUAACAUGUGACUGGUGCAGCACAGACAGGGCCCCCUGACACUUCACUGAACGUCUCUCAAAUACAGCCUGUGCUCCGUGUAAUGCACACAAAAACAAACCAGCUGGCUGCUGGUCAAAGUGCAAAACAUGGUUGACAGGGAGACAUUUAAGAUGAUUACUUCUUCUUCUUUUUUAAAAAAAACACACUGUAGUACAAAGAGGGUACAAGAGAGACAAUUCCAUAGGAAUUUAAGAUGGUUUUCACACCUGUUCCAUUGUCAUUUAUCUGUACAGACCUUUCACCUCCCUAGCAUCACAAACAUGGUAAGGA